AUGCGUUCGCUCAUCGUGUGUCUCGUGCUUGCCGCCGUCGCCGUCGACUUGGCCGCCGCCAAGAUGCAGAAUGUCACCGUCAAGGGUGUCGCCGUCUGCAACAAGAAGCGAUCGCCAAGUGUGCUCGUCGAGCUCUGGGAUCGCGAUACCCUCGACCCUAAUGACUUGCUCAACAGCGUCAACACCAACAGCGAGGGCGAGUUCGAGCUCUUCGGACAGGAGGACGAGGUGACCAGCAUCGAGCCGUUCAUUCGCAUCACCCACAACUGCAAUCCAUCGAAGCCAAACUGCGUCAGAAUCGGUGAGUACGAGGUGCCAAAGUCGAAGAUCGGAGGACUCUAUGAUAUGACCUACGUGACCCUCGACAUCAAGGUUCACGGAGAGAAGGAAAAGUGCAAGUAG